AUUGUGUCCCUCGAAACUAACGGUUUCAUUUGCCCUUUUUUAUUAACGGCUUGGUCGGGGACAGUUCCUCUGAUUUCAACACGCUGCACACAGGCUUGUAUAUAAUGUUCAGUUGCAUACCACAUGCUGUUCUAUAUUAGUGUUAUUUUCUACACAUUCUUGGCUUCAUGCUAUUGUAGGCCUAGAUUGCUUGGGUCCACUUUUGGAAAUUCUAGUUUUGCUCUGAUGAAAAGGCUGUAAGGUUUUUUCCUAACAUGGCAAUAUUUUCCCCAGGGAUACCCUGCUAUUUCUACUCAGCAGGUAAUGUUUCCUCCCAGACUUACUGCGAGUUUCCAUUUGAAGUCAGGACCUUUUAUGACUUUGCUGCUCACGUCCAGGAGUUUUUAUUCUUAAUUGGCGCCAGAGGCUCAGUAUUAAAAUAGCGUUUUAAAGGAAGGAGGAGACAAUAUUAUUGUUUCAAUGGUUUUGUGAUUCUAUUGGACAGGCACUCCCACGUCAGACUGAUUGACAUGGAGACCUGUAUUUAUCACACCUACCCUCACCGGUACAGGAAAGACAGCAGCCCAUGCACAGGUGGUCAAGAUGAUUUCUCCAUUGUGGCUGAUGGGGGCAAUAUGCUGUCUAACGUUGCUACCAGUUUGGCUGGAAGCAAAGUCUCUUCUGAAUACUAUCAAGCAGGAAGAAAUGAGCCCUGUUAGUGAUGUGAGUAUUGAUUCGGACAAGGCUCAUGGCUUCCUGACUCACUCACGACCAAAGCGCAAUGUGGAACCAAGGUGGUACAGAGGCAACCCCGACUUCCAGGCUUACUACCGCUACUACAAUAGCAUUGGACACACAGAGGGGCUGUAUGAGAUUGACCGGAUCAGGCUGCUGUACCAGCAGAUGAGGCAGCUGGAGCAUGUAUACGGCCCCAACGCCUCACACUUCCAGAACAAACUGGGAGUACCCACCAUCAAGAAGUGUGACCCGGCCAUGGACAAAAAAUGCAAAGCCCUACCCCCUCCCCCUCCUGCCCCAAUAAAAAGCACAUCUCAACCUGCUCCUGCCAUCUCCCAGGCUGACGUCAUGUACCUGUGCAAUGCCAAGGACCCCCUCUGCAAGCCCCAUAUUGUCUACCUCCCCACCGGGGCAUUGCCCGUACUGUGCGACCCCCGCUACCACCCCUCCUGCAACCUCCACAAGCUCCCUCCUCCACCACCACCCCCAAUGCUUAAAAAAUCUGCCCCACAACUACCACCAACCGCCCCAAAAAAGUCAUCUCCCCCUCCGGCCCCCAUCCACACCUACAAGGGCAUGGAGUAUGACUGCAAUCCCUACUGGGACCCAGACUGCCUGAUAGACCACCCACCCAGACCAUUCCAUGGCAAAGCUGGCCCACCCCCUCCUCCCGUUGAGGAGGAACCAGUUGAGGCCUCGCCACCCCCUGCAGCCAGCAACAAGAAAGUGGCCCAUCCCUAUCCCUACUAUGGCUACCCGUAUAACUAUAACUAUGGGCAUGAACUCUAUGAUCCAGUCCGCUUCCAGUACCCCUCACCACCUUCUGAUUCCCCUGAUGAUAGUGGUAGUGACUAGCUCAUCAAAGCUCUAAAGGCAGCUUUACUUACGCCUCAAGUGUUUUGGCAAUAAUGAAAGAAGAGUUGUUUUCCCCUGAAGAUGUAGAUUUAGAAGGAUGAUGCAGCAGAGACCAUAAUUAUAGGUAUUUGAGCUAUAAAGCAUGUAACCGUCUUAUCAAUGUGCUGGUGACGCUGUUAUGAGCAGGAGAGCAAACCUAAUUGUACAGCAAUGACCUGCAGGAGAGUGAUGCUAUAUUACAAUGAUUGGAAAUAUUACGAUGAUAAGACUGAUUUAUUACUGUCCAAUGCGCCGUUGUCUAUUCAGCAUCCAAAAUCAUUAUUCAAUUACACAAUUUUCAUAGCAAAAAAAGAAAGUAAAUAUUGACUCAUUAUGAAAAAUAAACUUUUCAAAAACGG